AAAGACUUUCCGUGAUUCCACACCCACCUCGAAAGCCCCCUCUUACCACAGGAAGUGCGCUGACCAUGAGAGUCAUAAAAGAGGCUCAGGAGCACCGUUCUUCAUUCUCUCCCUGCACAGCUCAGCAGGACCUCAGCCAUGAGACCUCUCAUCCUGGCCUUCCUCGCGAUCUGCUGUCUCACAGCACACGUUGUGGAAGGUGUGGGGAGUGAAGUCCUAGAAAGGAGUGUCUGUGUGAGUCUAACUACCCGGCGACUGCCAGUCAAAAACAUCAAGACCUACACCAUCAAGGAGGGCUCCAUGAAAGCAGUCAUAUUUAUUACCAAACGUGGCCUUAAAGUCUGUGCUGAUCCGCAAGUUGAGUGGGUGAAAAAAGCAGUCGAAAGUGUGGACAAGACCACCAGAAGAGGAGUGAUCCAGACCAAGCCUACAGGAGCCCAGCAGUCCACCAAUACAGCUGUGACCCUGACCACAUAGUGGACUUCCAGCACCUUGUCCCCAUCACUAGCCAGCUAGCUCACUUCCCUUUACAAACUCAUGGACUUAUUCAAUUAUAUUCACCUUUUAUGAAAGUGCUGCAUGAGUCAAAUUAUUUUCUUACAUUUUUAUUUUUCAUGUCUUUCAUAUUCAUUUAGAUGCUCUAAUUAAUAAAUAUUUAUUAUUAAGAAUA